AUGUCUUUUCUGGCUAAACAAUACUCGAAAGCUAUUUUACAACAUACGCUCAGACGUCGUGCUUUAGCCACAGUUGCCAGUGCCGCCGUUGAGACAAAAAGAAAAAGAAGACUUGUGUUUGAUAACCGAUCGCCUUCUUUUCAAGACUUUUUGUCUCAACAAGAGCCCAAACCCGUCGAUCCUUCUUUGACACAACCUGACCAAGUUCCUUAUUUAAACACUACAGCAAAUUUAGGUCAAGGCAGAAAGUUUUUUAUCGAAGUUUAUGGUUGUCAGAUGAAUGUAAAUGAUACAGAAAUCUUAAAUUCUAUCAUGACAAAAACUGGAUUUGUAAGAACAGAUAAUUUGGAUGAAGCCAAUGUUGUAUUUCUUGUGACUUGUGCCAUUCGAGACAAUGCCGAAGUCCGUAUUUGGGACAGACUCAAAUACCUAAGACAUUACAAGACAAAGAUCAAUGUAGAUAGUCCACCUAUUGUGGGUGUAUUGGGUUGUAUGGCAGAGAGACUCAAGACAAAACUAUUAGAAGAAGAUCGCCUUGUGGAUAUUGUAUGUGGUCCAGAUGGCUAUCGUUCUAUUCCCCACUUGAUUUCAUUAACAGAACAAGAAGAAUAUACAGACGGUAUUGCUAAUGUCAUGCUUUCUGCAGAUGAGACAUACGCUGAUGUGAUGCCAAUGCGACUGGAUACAACCAAUGCUUCUGGUUGGGUAUCUAUUAUGCGAGGAUGUAAUAAUAUGUGUAGUUUCUGUAUUGUGCCAUUCACAAGAGGAAAUGAAAGAAGUCGACCUAUUGAUUCUAUUUUGGAUGAAGUCCGAUAUUUGAAUGAUCAAGGUGUCAAAGAGGUCACUGUGCUUGGUCAAAAUGUCAAUUCCUAUCGAGAUGAAUCAGAAUCAAAGUAUUUUGUCACCAGCAACAACGCUGGUUCCAGUCUUAGUAACGCUGGCUUCAAGACAAUUUAUAAGCGUAAAGAUGGUGGUAGAAGAUUCACUGAAUUGCUGGACAAAGUCAGUCUAAUUAACCCAGAAAUGCGUAUUCGAUUCACUUCUCCUCAUCCCAAGGAUUUUCCUACAGAUUUACUCCAUUUGAUUGCUUCUCGACCCAAUAUCUGUAAUUCAGUCCAUCUUCCUAUUCAAUCAGGCAGCAACACUGUAUUAGAACGUAUGCGUCGUGGAUACACACGGGAAGCCUAUCUGGACCUUGUACAAGAGAUGCGCACCAUUAUACCUGAUGUUUGGAUCAGUAGUGACUUUAUUACUGGCUUUUGUGGAGAAACAGAAGAGGAACAUCGCGAUACAGUUCGUUUGAUGGAACAAGUUGAAUACGAUACAGCAUUUAUGUUUGCUUAUAGUAUGCGUGAAAAAACACAUGCUCAUCGACGAUACAAGGACGAUGUAGAAGAAUCUGUCAAAGCUCGUCGUUUACAAGAAAUAGUCAAUACCUUUCACAAACAUGCGUCCCUCAAGAACCAGCGCUUAAUCGGUACUCGGCAAUUAGUCUUGAUUGAUUCUGAAAGACCAAAAGUCAAAUAUGGAGUCGAGACAAAAUUAAGUGGUAGAACAGAUGGUGGACAUAAGGUGUUUAUUCAACAUGAACAAGAAGGUCUUAAAAAGGGCGACUAUGUAGAAGUAGAAAUCAAACAUGCUACCAGUGCUAGUUUGACAGGUCGAUCCAUUGGACUUAGCAGUAUACAACAAUUUAACAUGCAAAAGCGAGGCUAUUCUACUCAACAUAGACCCAAUGUACGAAGCAUGUACCGUCGUUUUUUAAGGGCUGGUCAGGCUGCUACAGAAGGUCCUAAUAAGAAGCAUGCUCAAUCCUUAAUACGUGAAGGAUUUGAAAACAAAGGAUUUUUACAUGAUCCUGAAAUAGACGUAAAAGGUAAUUUAGGCUGUCAUUUAGAAUAA